AUGUCUGAGUAUGUUGACCUCAGGGGAGUGGAUAGGGUCCUGCUGCUGAGCUUUCUGUAUGCGUUUGCGGUCGCGGAAGGCGACGAGCGCACAGCCCGAUGGGAAUUCGAUGAGGUGGAGGCUUUGGAGGCAGUGAAAGGACCCAUCACAAGAUUCUGUGGACAACUUAUUGACUGUGAUAUUUCAGGGGGUUACGCAUGUCCCGCACUCUAUAAUGGACACUAUGCACGCCAUCAUGAGAGUGAUACCGCCUCCUUCACCAAAUUCAACACCAAGCCUUUCGAGUGGAUGGUGGAGUUUGCCCGGGGCGUGAUGGAGGCAGGUUAUGGCGGCAAACCACCACCUUAUUCAGGGCCUCCGGAAGAGUUUGAUAUCAAAGGAUUGGAUAAGCCGACCUUACUGGGUGUCCUGUACGCAUUCGCGACAGCGCCCCUUCUCGAAAGAACGUUCUUUGAUGAGGCCAAAGCGAUUGAGGCAGUAAAGGGACCGAUCGAAAUCUUCUGCGGACAAGCUAUCCUGUGUGAUAUCUCAGGUGAUACAGUAGAUCCUCGGCGAUUUAACCUGUUACCGUACUCUAGACCCACUAGUUUUCGGACGGUGCUGUGGGUAUACCAUGAAUUGACGACCAAGUUGUACCCCCGCUGGAAUCAAUCCCGCUACCCCUUUCCACCCUUGCCUGAGGUUGAGGAGGUGGACAUCGCGGGGGUGGAUAAGAUUCUCUUGCUGCAGACCCUCUGGUACUCAUAUAUCCCCACCAUAAUGGAUAAGUUUGACGAAGACAGAGCGGUCGAAGCGGUGAAGGGGCCUAUAGACUACUUCUGUGGCCGCCCCAUCAAGUGCGAUAUCUCAGGCAGCAUGGCCUCCCCAGCUGGCUAUGACCAGUAUACACAGACGGGGGCCUUUGAGGCCCAUGUUCAGGCGAUUCGAGCUGGAGCCAGCCACACUUGGCUGUGGAUUGAUCUUUGGCGGGAUGAGAACGACCUCAAAUGCGAGCGGUUGAAUGAGAUUAAGGCUGGUAUGGCUGCUGAGCGACCAGAACGAUUUUCUUACGUGAGGGGAGAUCCGUCUCUCACGGCCGGGCAGGGAGGCGAGACAAUGGCGGCCCGUGAAUCAUCUGUGCUGCCGCACGAAGACGAAGACUGGAUGAUGGUCGCUAACGGUGUCAAGCCCUCCAAUCCGUAA